CGUAAAUUUAUCUUCAGGAUGGUGGAAGCUCCUGCAGUAGCUCCACUGGUCUUCUGGAGACAGUCUCGGUUUCAACCCACAGUCAUGGCAAGUGGUGGUAGCGGCGGCGGAGGUGGUGGUGGUGGUGGAGGGGAAUCUCGUCGUCGUCGUGGUGCAGUUUCCGGAUCCGCUCUCUACCACCCACAACCCCUCCUGGUUUAUCGAGGUCAUGAGGGCGUCAUUACAGAGUUGGCCUGGUCGAAGAACCUCUUCCUUCUCAGCACUGGGAUGGAUAGGCAAGUUCGACUCUGGCACAUAUCUCGGCGCGAAUGUCUCUGCGCUUUCAGCCACAAUGACACCGUCCCAGCAAUCGUAUUUCAUCCUAAAGAUGAUCGAUACUUCCUAUCGGGAAGCCUAGACGGCAAGUUGCGUCUGUGGAACAUUCCAGACAAGAAGGUGCGUUUCUGGGUCGACCCCAAGACUAUCAUCACGUGUGCCACUUUUGCUUGCGACAGCACCAAGGUGGUGGUGGGGAGUUAUGACGGACGUGUCAUGUUCUUUAACACAGAGUUGACCUAUAUCACCUUCAUUACGGUCAAGUCAGUCUCUGGACGGUGUCAGCAAUGCCGAGUGACCGCCAUUGAGGUCGAUCCCACCGAUUCGAACAAGAUUCUAGUGACUUCGAAUGAUUCGAGAGUGCGAUUGAUCGACGCUAGAGACUAUCAUACACUAUGUAAAUACCGCGGUUUCCUCAAUGAAACCAGUCAAAUUCGAGCUUCUUUCAGGUAUCAUUUGUUUCUACUUUUCUCUCUUGCUGUCCUUGUUGUCAAUAUUCUAUUUGGACGACGUACAGGAUCACUGUUUUCUCACAACCAAUCGCAUUCAGUUAGCAUUUUCGCUUGUUCACCGCUUUCAUUUGAAUUACUUUGA